AACUCUUUUUGUUCAGGCGGUCCUCGGGCACGCUGAGAGGGGUCCGUCGGUCAUGACGUCACUGGUGAUUUGGAAGAUGUUAGCCGAAACUUAAUAAGCACUACGUUGUUUCAUGCUUAAAGCCUUUCAGUGUUAAUAAAUGCGCAGUUCGUUUAAUAAGACAGGAAAUGGGUCAAAGUGUUCAUACACCAAAUUAAAAGCGUCAGGUGUGACGAAAGCGCCCACCUGUGGUCCAGCCAUGCCUCAGAAAGCGCCAAAGAGCGCUCAGACGUCCCACUACAUCGAGCUGGGAGGGUAUCAGUACUGGCCCGUCCUGGUUCCUCGAGGAAUCCGUCUGUACACGUACGAACAGAUCCCCGUGUUCCUGAGGGAGAACCCGUACAUCACAGACGGAUACAGAGCGUACCUGCCCUCCAGACUCUGCAUCAAGAGCAUCUUCAUGCUGUCCAAUGAGACGGGGAAUAUCUGGAGCCAUCUGUUGGGCUUCCUGCUCUUCUUCUUUAUCGGGGUCUACAACAUGUCGUCGGUGCUGCCCGCCUUCGGCGCCUCCAGAGAGGACUACGUCAUCUACUCCAUCGCUCUCUUCUGCUUCCAGGUACAGGGCCCAAGUGUUUCAGGUUAAUUCAGACCAAGCAGCUGCUGAAGGGGGAUCUUCAACCUUGAAAUUCAGGGUCUUCAACCUUCAUUUUUUCACAAUAAAGUUUCAAUCACUUCACAUACAACCUUUCAGUUCUGUUUAAAAUAUGUUUUAACCGGAACCGGAUCUUGCUCCUUUCACAACUGUAGAAAACCGGAGUAGGGGAACAACUGAUUUUUGGAACAUUUAGAGACUUCAGAGUUGUUUGAACUUUUCCUCAUGCUGCUAAAUACUUCACUCCUCCUUAUCUUAUCUGGAGUUUUACAGAAGCUUUAAAAAAAAAAAUGUAUUUGAUCAGACAGACGUGUGUGGGAGAGAUUGAAUCCAUCACAAAUUACAGACAAAUAUCGGUUAAUUAAGUGCCAAUAUAGGACUUUAUUUCUUGUUGAUGUGGUAUCAAACAGGUAUCAUUGUUCGAUAAAGUUUGAAAAUUCUGUUGUCAUGACGACCUUCUUGCAGAACGUUUGAUUUCUUUAGCCGCAGUGACAGAUUUGUGCUUCAAACAUGAAAACGUGUUUAAACAUGAACCCUGUUUUGCGGCACAUUUUCAGAUCAAACUCUAACAAUCUGUUACUCGGUGAAUAAAGAACCAGAUCGGAUGAAUUCAGAGAGAUAUUUUUUCUGGU